AUGAACAACCUGCGAUCCACAUGCCGCGCUGACCAGCUCAGUCAGGCUCAGCCUCCCCGCGCCAGUCGGUGGCCGCGUCCGGGCCAGCCGGGCGAAAUGGGGGGCCUUCACACACCCACACCCCAAAGCCAAUGCCAAAGCCAAUGCCUGGGUGGAUCGGGGGAUCAGAUACAGGCGUCGUACAGGGCUCUCGAUUCCGCGACCUAUGAGAGAGCUGAUCGUUGUACUGGGUGGGUGAGGGAGACGCGGAAGGAGUCGGAUCCAGCGAAUCUCUUUUCACAGUUGGGAUCCGCAGCAGCUGCAGCAGCAGCAGCUCUGCAGCUGGGGCUGCACGGUUUGGACGGUCUCGAAGCCAAGAGACAAGAGGCGUGA